UUGCUGACUUCUGGAGUGGAGUUUGAGUCUCUGCCUGCAGCACUUUCCCUACCAGCAGAGUCUGGCCUGUACCCCGUCACUCUGGUUGGGGUUCCACGCACAGCUGGCAACAUCACCGUCAACGGUUAUCACACGUCAAUGUUUGGUGUGACCAGUGACUGUCUGCUUGAGGACCUGCCAGCUGUGAAGACCAGCGGCUGUUUAGUGGAAGUGAUCCCCUCUCUCCCUCGCCUCCAGCUAAGCACAUCACUCCCACG